AUGCAGACCGCUACUGCCUACCGUCCUCACACACUUCCUUCAUCUUUCCCGAUGCCUCGCAGCUCCGCUGGUCAGGACACUUCGAUCUCGGCCGAUUUCUCAAUCCCGUCCGACACUUCCAAGCCCUCGUCACAAGCACAGUCAUCUCAGAUCAGCGUGCGUGAAGGAGAAGCCCAGAAGCCCAAACCCGCCUCAUCCACAGCAUCCAAGCCUUCCGCGAAAUCCCGUCGGCCAUUGCGGGCAAGAAAGGCUGCCAUGAAAGUGACCCCACUUGCAAUCCAGCAACUGCGCAAGCUCAUGGAUAACCCCGAACCGAAAUACAUUCGGGUGGGUGUCAAAAACCGCGGCUGCUCAGGCCUGGCAUACCACCUCGAAUACGUGGAGAAGCCGGGCAAAUUCGACGAAGUGGUGGAACAAGACGGAGUGAAGGUCUUGAUCGACAGCAAGGCCUUGUUCAGCAUUAUUGGCAGUGAAAUGGACUGGCACCAGGAUAAGCUGAGCCAGCGCUUCGUCUUCACCAACCCCAACAUCAAGGAAUCAUGCGGGUGCGGAGAGUCCUUCAUGGUCUAG